GUUCAAGGUGGUUCAGAUAUCAGCGCUGUACGCGCGUCGGGACGCACUCCACUGAACCUGAGAGGGAAUAUACGUCCACUGCUCUGCUGAGAGAUCCGAUUUAAUUCCUCGUUAAAGACGUUUUCUCCAAAAGGAAAAAUCUGCGAAAGAAAUGAAAGCGUGGCGAGUUCGGUUUCUGUACUUUCUGGUGUUGAAUGCAGCUGUGCAGUAUGUGACGUCCCUGGAAGAAGAGCUCACCGAUUCUAUAUUUGGUAACUUCCUCGACCCCCUGAAAGACUUGUUUGACCACAAGGAUGACGCCAACGAAACUGUUGCCAAAUUCUCCCUCCGGAAACCAUCCCAUCCCGAUGACGAUCUGUGCUACAUCGUUCCUGGCAAACCUGACUCCCUGUCAGCUUGCACCUUCAACAGCACCUCCAAAACCUUUCUGGUAAUCCACGGAUGGACGUUGAGUGGUAUGUUCGAAAGCUGGGUGGCCAAGCUGGUGUCGGCGCUGUACGAAAGAGAGCAGACGGCCAAUGUCAUUGUGGUGGACUGGCUCGCCUCAGCACAGAACCACUAUGUGGUGGCAGCUCAGAACACCAAAGCAGUGGGAGAGGAGAUUGCUCACUUCAUCGACUGGAUCGAGGAAACCACCAACAUGCCUCUUGAGAACAUCCACCUGAUUGGCUACAGCCUUGGUGCUCAUGUGGCAGGAUUUGCUGGAAGCCAUACAUCCAAUAAAGUCGGAAGAAUAACUGGUUUGGACCCAGCUGGUCCUGACUUUGAGGGGAUGCACGCCCACAGACGUCUCUCCCCUGACGACGCUCACUUUGUGGACGUUCUCCACACCUUCACCCGGGGCUCCCUGGGUCUCAGCAUUGGGAUCCAGCAACCUGUCGGCCAUGUAGACAUUUACCCCAAUGGAGGCAGCUUCCAGCCAGGCUGCAACCUCAGGGGGGCCCUGGAGAAGAUUGCCAACUUUGGGAUAUUUGCCAUCACUGAUGCGGUGAAGUGUGAACACGAGCGCUCGGUCCACCUGUUCAUCGACUCCCUGCUGAAUGAGCAGGAAGCAGCCAAGGCCUACAGAUGCAGCAGCAGCGACAUGUUUAACCGUGGCAUGUGUCUCAGUUGCCGCAAAAGCCGCUGCAACACGGUGGGCUAUGACAUCAGCAAAGUGCGCAAGGCACGCAAUGUGCAGAUGUACACCAAGACGCGAGCCUCCAUGCCUUUCAGAGUUUACCACUAUCAGCUGAAGAUCCACUUCUCCAGUAAAGUGAACCGUUCAGAGAUGGAGCCCUCGCUCACUGUUUCACUAUACGGAACAAGAGGAGAUGCUGAAAACCUGGAGCUUAAACUAAAAGAGAAAAUUGCAACAAAUAAGACACACUCGUUCCUGCUAGUGACAGAGAAAGACAUUGGAGAUCUCUUGAUGAUGAAAUUUAAAUGGGAGGACAAAAACGGCUGGUCAUCCGCCAGCAUGUUGAAGAUGGUAUCUUCUUGGUGGUCCGGUGACUCGGACAGUGCUAACAUGGAGGUUCAUAAAAUCCGCAUCCGAGCUGGCGAGACCCAGCAGAAGAUGGUGUUCUGUGUCAAAGACCCUGAAGCUCAGAAAUUAACACAAGAGGUCACGUUUGUUAGAUGCAAGGAUGAGUGGAGGACAAACUCAAAACGAACUCCAAAGAGAGUAACUCUGGAGAACCACUGACCUUGAACUUAAGACUCCACCUUUGAAUGACUUUUCAUCCAUUUCAGCACUUAGCAGAUAAUUUAUACGCCUGUAACUUAUUUUAUUUCUCAAAAUUACACAAAGCUCUCACCACCUUGUAGAUAUAUAUCCACAAAAGUAUGUUUGCUAUGUAAAACAUUCUAUAUGUGAAUAAUGUAAAAUAUUUUAUAAGAGCUGUUUUCAUGACACAUAGUUGUAACUUCAUUGAUGUACAAAAAGUAGAUGCCAUCAUCUUUGUUGCAUUUUUUUGUGCCCAAAGUGAUGGACACAAAGUCAGUUUGGAGCUUCAUAUACUGAGAAGUGUGUAGUUGUGCAGGUACUGAUGUCUCAUUGUCUAAAAUACCUCAAGUUAGCCACUGUGAAGAAUUACGUCCCCAUGGUGUCUGUGGAGGUCUGCACGCCCUUGACAGUUCUCCAACAUGGGGGCAAAUAAAUACAUUCUUCUAAAUAUUAA